AUGAAUAAUAAACUAUUUCUAACUUUAUUGAGAUAAUUUAAUAGAACAAGAUAUAGAAGUGAAAAAUCAAUAAUGGCAGAUAUUUAUUAUAAUCCUUCUGGAGACAAUGAACUUAAAAGAAUAAUUCAAAAAAACUUUACUUUAAUUCAAUCAUAUAAAUAGUUAUUAACAAUUAUGGAUUACAAUUUUAUACAGGUUGAUUAGAAUGAUAUUAUCAAACGACUAUAGAAUGAAUUUGAUGAUAGAGCUAAAUAUGGUUUUAAUUGUUCUAAUGAAUUAUUUAUUAAAUUUUUAACAAAAGUCUUUGAAAAAAGUAAUGUAAUAUAUUAGACUUAGAUGUAUGGAGUAAUGAAUUUGAUGAAUGGCUAAAAUUAUACUUGGAAUAAAAUGCUAUAAAAAUGAGUUAAUCUUAUGCUCAAUAAUUGAAAAAAGCAUUAUAAAAUUGUAAAAAAAAUGAUGAAUAUACAUAAAUAUUGGAUGAUCAUGUAAAGUAAAUUGAAAAUUUGAAAUAAUUAAUUUGA